AUACUAAUAAAUGGAUAGGAAAUCAGCGGAGAAACCUCCGAAGAAUGUAGGAGUUAAUCUCUGACGCGUAUGUAUGACAUACUCAUAUUUAGAUGGACGGAGGGCCCCCCCCUUGCCCAUUAACAUACGUGGAAACUUACCAGACCAGACCACUACCUUUUCUAGAAUCUAAACUUCCAAGGUUCUCAUGAUGCAAUCUGGCCCAAUCAUGCCACAGUCUGUACUAGGCCAUGGCAGUCUUCAUACCACAGCCGGUCCGCCAACCCGCUUUCAGGAUGUCGUUGGCCAAUUCCCUCAGUUGAAGACUUACAACCAUGCCUGCGCGGUCUUUCGCCUAGCGGACGACGUGACCCAGGAUACGGUGAUCGCGACACUGAAAGGGGGCCUCGAGAAACUCAUCUCUAAGGUCCCCUGGCUGGGUGAGCAAGUAGUUCACGAAGGUCAGGAGAAGGGAAACUCGGGUGUGAUCAAAACGGUACCAUUGCCUCAGGGAACCUCCGUCGACAAGCUCAUACGCGUAAAGGACUGUACAGAUAUCUGCCCUUCUUAUGAGGAGAUCGUAGUAAAGGGUGGCCCUGCCACGAUGCUGGACGGAAACGUCCUUUGCCCCUUUCCCGGAUAUCCAUUCGGUUACGACGUGGCCAAAAUCGGAUUUGCUCCUGUGGUAGUAAUCCAAGCCAACUUCAUCAAGGGCGGCGUGAUCCUGAACUUCUCCAACCAGCACAACGUCAUGGACACCAGCGGCAUGUUCGUGUUCAUCGCACUCCUCACAACACUGCUGCAAGGAAAAGAGCUUCCCCAGACCUACAUCGACCAAGCCAACCUCGACCGCGCAAAGGUGAUCCCCCUGCUCGACCCCGGGCAGCCGAUCCGCGACCACAGCCACCUUCUCCGCAGCUCCAUGACGCCCGCGCGGCCCCCGCCCGCCGGCCUCCCCGCCUCGCCCUUCCGCUGGGCCUUCUUCCGGCUCUCGCGGCCCGCCAUCCCGCAGAUCAAGGCCGCCGCCUCCCACAAGCAGGACUGGGGCAGCUCGGUGGCCUUCAUCUCGAGCAACGACGCCGUGAGCGCGUUCUACUGGAAGCGGCUGGGCGCCGUGCGCGUCGCCAACGGCAGCGUCGACCUGUCUGCCAAGUCCAAGUUCUCGCGCGCCAUCGACAUCCGCGCCGCCGUCGGGUGCCCGCCGGGCUACAUGGGCCAGAUGAUCUACCAUGCGGCGACGGAGCUGACGUACCGAGAGCUUGCGGCGCCGGAGACGACGCUGUCGGCGGUUGCGGCGAGGCUGAGGGCGAGCUUGAACGAGUCGGCGAAUGAGUGGGCGGUCCGCAGCUAUGCGACGUUCCUUGCGGGGAUUCCGGAUAAGGGCGCGCUGGUGUAUGGUGGGGGUCUCAACCCGGCCCUUGAUGUUGGCGCGUCCUCGGUGUCGCAGCUGCUCACGGGCACGCUGGACUUCGGGCCGUUGCUGGGGAAGCCGGACUUGAUUCGUCGCCCGAACAUGACGCCGGUUGGUGGGCUCAUGUACAUAUUGCCGCCUGAUGCGGGCUCCGGGGACACGCCGGUGCUGGUGUGUCUGAGCGAGAGGGACUUGGAGGGGUUGAGGGCGGAUGCGGAGUGGAGUGCUGUUACGGAGUAUAUUGGUUAGG